AUGUCUUCUUCAAUCUUGCAUCAGUGCCCUCAGUGCGGCCAUGUCUCCGACAUCUCCAAUGCACUAGCAGCAUUUAUUGAAAACCCCCACUGUACACAGUGUGGCUUGUCUGCGUCUGAAAGUAACCAGAAAGUGCAAGAUGAGCUCGCCUCGUUGUUUGAGAGGCAAAUGAGCAUGACGCAGUUUGUUCCACCGGUCUCAGAUUCUGUCGGAUCAUUAGACUAUCCACACAGCAUCGAGCAACAUUAUCAGUCCCCGCAGCUGGACCAAAACCCGAUCCCUCAUUCGAGCGUUGACGUUCUGAGGUACCAUGGCCUAGAUCCCCACAGCCUGACCGCAAGCCAGCUGGAGCUGUUUGAGAACGCCGACGCUGAGCAGAAAGAACGUUUAAUUCAAACCUGGCAACUGUAUUCGCAGAUUGGUGCCACCGACCAUUCCAAGGACUUCGCCAUGGAGGAUUCAACUAUGGACGAAGGCGAUGAGAAUACGUCUGCCGAACCGUACAUGAUAUCCGGCUACCAACACAGCUCCCUUCCCACAGAACCCACCACUGGGGAGCCAUAUGCUGGUUCCAAAGACCCUGCUUAUCAGAGUCAACAGUGGUGGGAGUUGACCAAGGGCGGUCCUAUUGAAUCAGGCUAUGGGGCGUUUGAAGAGACGAGACGAUAUUAUCCCAGCUGUGGCGUAUAUCGUUGUUAA